ACUUCCUAUUAGAGGGCAAGGACACUUAUUAAGGUUCUCUCAGUCAGAGGGUAACUACUUUUGCACGAUACUGUCUAUGGUCGGGAUGCGCCUGAUACCAAACCACGCGAACCCAGCUAGUAAAUCCCGCCCAUCAAGCCUUCGCGCCAAGCAGAGGUGACUAGCUGUUAGCUGUUAGCUGUUUGGGACCACGCCGAGAUAGCAGAGUCCACACCGAGGCCUGUGUUCUAGUCCCCCGUAAACAUUGAAACUGUCCGGCUACUUUUAAAAGUGAAGGUACAGAACUUAAAUCCAGGAUGUGCUCCGUCGUCGGAUGUGAUUCGGGGCGUCGCAGUGCGCUACGGUUCAAGUUACCGGAGGACCCAGAGAGGAGACUGGAGUGGGUUCAGUUCCUUUUCGAAGUCAACGGGCAACGACUUAAAGAAUCGUCCUGGACUGAUAUCACCAUUUGUAAUGAACACUUUACUGAAGACUGCUUUGAACACCUGGCUCCAGGGACUGGCGCGGUCCACCUAAAGCCCGGUGCUGUCCCAUCACUGUGUUUCAAGUCCGAGCCAGACGAACCUCUGGAGAGCCCACAUUAUGUGGAGCCUGUUCAAACCACAGAAGUGGCUUGUCAUGAUGACAUUAAACCGUGUAAUACUUCAACUUCCUACUCGGAAAAAGCAAAACCUACUGUAACUGGUUUCCAUGCAAGCCCGGUGUCAGAUUCACCAGAUGCUUUGAAUGCGGUCCCCUCUGGCGAUUUAAUCAAGGAAAAAGCUGCGCUUCUGACGGAAGGAAAGUGUAUUGUGAAUGAACGCUGCCUCCUCCAGUUGUUCCGCCGCAAAUGCCCAUCAUGUGGAUGUAAGCUUCAGAUGGAGAAGGUCACCCAUGGGGUGCUCAUCAUCUUGAACCAACAGUGCCUUAAGUGUGACUACAGAAACCAAUGGAAAAGCCAAGUCAAUGCCAGUGUCCCAACAGCUGAAGACCAACGCCUGACAGAAGUAGUAGAAGUAGACCUAACUCCAGAGACCCAACAGGGAGUGCCAACAGAUGGCAAUCUCAGCAGCACCGUUUUCUCUGAGAUUGUUACCCUUAGUGAUGAAGAAAGUGAUCUGUCAGGUGAAGGAGAAGAAGGUGAUGAUGGCGGGGUGAGUUCAGAUGGGGAAUGGAAUCCAACUGAGGAUAUUUUGCUGGCUGAAGAGCUCACAAAGAACUCGGAAGAGGAAACCGAAGAUGAAAGCGAAGAUGGAAGCGGACAGGAUAGCGAAGAGGAGGAAGAUUCUCCGGGUGGCCUCCAAAUUCAUGAGCUCUGCACCGAGUGUGGACGUUUUUUCACUAUCCUGAAGCCUCACACAUGUGAGCACAAAAUAAAGCCCUAUUCCUGCAACGUAUGUGGCAAACGAUGCGUUACCAAGACGUCUCUGAAAGUUCACAGUAGGAUUCACGAUGAAACCUAUGACCAUCCAUGUAAAUUCUGCCACGCUCCCUUCAAAACAAGGGUGGACAAACUUAAACACGAGCAGAUCCACGAAGACAGGAAAGAUCCCUAUAAAUGUCCCGACUGUCCUGAGACAUUUACCACAAAUACAAAACGCAGAAUUCACCUGGCAAAUCACAGAACCCCAAAGGAGUACAAAUGUGGAGUUUGUGAUCUAGCCUUUAAGGAUGUACAUCAUCUUCAGAGACACUCUGUCGUGCACACAGGAUUGAAACCGUACACGUGUUCAGUGUGCCAGCGUGGCUUCAACCAGGGAAGCCACCUGAAAUCCCACAUGCGUGUGCACACAGGGGAGAGGCCUUUCAAAUGUCAGCACUGUGACAAAAGCUUCAAUCACAACGUGAGCUUGAAGAGUCACGUCCAGCGGUACCACUCGUCGAGCGCUGAACGCGAACGAAAGAAAGGUGAAAUGGAUGAAAGGGCGAGCGACACAGGUGAUGCGGAGGACAGUGGGAUUAAGAAAGACACAGACUCUGAGUUUGAUAAUGUGAAAGAAAAACCAGAUACAAAAGAGGAGGUGCAGAAGGAGAGUACGGGAAAAAAAAGCAGCAGGAGGAGCACCGGUAGACCCGUAGGACGGCCUAAGAGAAAUGCAGCAGGCAGCUCGGUUCAGUCCGGGGGAAGAGCAGGUCGGCGUCUAAACACUGCAAAAUCAAAGGCCCAGAAGUUAACGAAAACCAGUUCCAGCGAUGAGGAAAGCGAGGCAGAGCAAUCCGACAGUGACAUAUCCUUUGACUCGGCAGAAAAGGAAGAGGAGAAGGGGACAGUGAGGAAGAGCACGGGGAGAUCAAGAGGAAGGCCCAAAAAUAACAGUGACGACGAUUUUGACCCAGAAGAAGAAACAAAGAAAAAGAGAUACAGCAGUCAGAGCAGCUCAGGGAAACGUAGAGGAAGACCAAAAAAGAAUCAAGCGGUCUGAAAAUUCUCCCAACACACGGAGCUGAAAAAUGUAUUUGGUGUAAGCAGGAAGCCAUGGAAACCCGUAUGGAUAUCUCUCGAGUAGAAAACAAUUUGGAAUAUGAGAAACCAAACAUCCGGCAGCGUCUUUCUGAAUGAAAUAGUUUUUUACUGUGCAGUAAUGGCGGGUCAGUCAGUAAAUCACAAGUUAUUUGGAAACCUAUUUAGUAGAGAGUAUUUGGUGCAUUAUAAGAAAGUGACUGAGUGUAGGGAAAGGUAAUUGCAAGUUACCUUUGGAAAAUGUGGGUCACCACAUGUAGGAAAAAAAAGGCUCUUAGUGGGAAAUGUGUGCUAUAUUCGUGUAACGUGAGAAUAAUGUGAGCUUAAAGCUAAAAAUACCUUUUAUACUUUCAAAUGAAGUCAGGGCCCCGUAGCAGUUUCUAUCUUUACUUAUUCGCUAUAAAGUUGCAUUAUUAUGUAACUUGAGAGAUUUGUCAGUCCGUAGGGAAAUAUUUAAAUAGCAAUUCAUUGCUACAUGUUUUGUUUUUAAAUCACUAUUCAACAAUUUAACCUGUUGGCUAAUAGAUCAUCAGACUCAAUGAUAAUGUACUUUUACACAAUGCAAAUUUAUAGAAACAUGUAACCGUUUGGUAUUCCCAAGUCAUUUCAACACUCCCAAGUUUAGGACUGUUGGCCUCAGAGAAUUGUCAAAGAACAUCUUUAAGGACCGUAUGCUUUUGUAUCGUUCAGCCCAUUAGCUACAGAUAGUAGUGUUUACAUUGCUGCUGACCAUUUUGGAGCUGCUUGCUGAGCCUUGAAACUAGUUUGAGAUACCAUAGCUGAUGUGGGUGUGCGGUCUUAAUCAUCCCGCUGCUCCGCGAUCGCUGUGGUAUGGUUCUAUAAUAAUACAUUUAUUAAGAUGGACUGUCACGGACCUCAGUUUCCCUGAAUGCACCACUGAGGCGAGUUUUGCAAAUAGUCCCUGUUUGCCACUGUAUUAGAACACAAGUAUAUAAGGAAGUAAAAAUACAGGUUAAUAAAUAAAUAAAGUCUUCACUGUAUUGAAUUACCUGUCAAUUAGGUUUCAAGUCUCCGCACGUUUAUUGCCAUACCAUACAGAAACUAACUACAUAGUUGCAAGUGAUGUUAACUAUAUGCAAUUUGUAGAAAAUGGUAUAAACACAUGCAAAAUACCCAGAUUUUUAUAUAAAAUAAAUGUGUCCAACUGCCA